ACAAGAUGCGAAGAUGACGAUGAGCGGCGAUGGCAGAGGUUCACGUGCUCGGUCAGAUUCAGGGUGCCAGGCACUUUGAACGCAACUCGCUCUUCUGCAGAUGGGAACUAAGGACGGGGGUCGGCUGGAAAGUGGUGACCGGGCUGACAGAGGGCCAAACGCAGAGCGACACCCCUUCCUGUGGAAAUAACUCGUGCGUCUGGGCCCACCCCAUCGACCUGCACCUGCACACCAAGGGCCUUCAGGAUUGGCCAAAACUGUUGUUUGAGGUGCACCAGGUGGACAAGUACGGGCGGAGCGAGCUGGCCGGCUACGGCUUUUGCAACAUCCCUUCAACGCCGGGUCUCCACAAUUUGGUCGUUCCAACUUGGAGACCGAGAGGAUCACCGCGGGACCGAUUCCGGCAGUUCUUCCUGGGCGGCAGCACGCAGCUGAGCGAGCCCGAGUUGGUUUGCAGCAGCGAGGACCGCUACCAACUGAGCACCGAGUCGACAGGCACCGUGCUGCUGCAACUCGCACUCGUGCUGCGCAAUUUCAAGAGUCAGGGCGUCGAAAUUUAA